AGACAAGUUAUUCGAAAAUAUUUUGACAAAAUUUCAACAAAAUUCACAAUGUCGGACUCAAUUUUAUUAAAAAAUAUGAUUUAACAGACCAAUAACCAAUCCAACUUUUUAAAUUCCUUUAUAUUUGUGCUUUCAAUAGCAUAUACUUACCGUAUUUCAUCAUGAGUAGGAAAAAUAUUAAAAAUCUCAACAUGAAAGGAAGAAGCUUACUGGUCGCUCCCGAAAACGAGCUGCUCAAUAAAACGGACUCUGAUAAUUCCUUAUCAUCCAAUGAUCAACAACCCUUCAAGAGCCAGACCUUGGUGAUGGACCUGCACGGAAUGCAGCGGGAUGAGUUGCCUGAUAAUCCACUUCCUGAGGUGAAAACUCGGAAGCUCAUGAAGAAGAAGCGGCCCAGACCUGAUCAAGGUCAGGAUCAGAGCGCAGGCAGCCUGAGCAGCAGCUCGGAGAGCUCCGUGGUUCCACCAGUGCCGGAGAAGCAGGAGGAGUUCUUUGAUGCCCAUGAAAGCUAUUAUAAUAUUCAAGAGGACCAAACAAGUACAACACCCAAUCGUCUCAGCGUCACAUCAAAACAAACGAACAAUCCGGAAGCCAUGCGUCUAGCCACGCCGCAGACCACUCCAGAAGACAAACCAGUACCAGAGAAUACAGCUGUCUCAGAUGCCACCACAACCGCUGCUACACAAGACACUGCGACGGGUCAGACACCUCUGACCAGCGCUAAACCUAUUCGGCCAAGAAAUCCAGAGUGAUGCAGCGACAGAGAUCGGCACUAGAGACACCCACACACAAAAUGACUACUUAUUAAAAUUGCAACAAUAAAAAUUGAAACAGUU